AUGUAUGCGACUACCGGGCAGCUGAGCGAGCAUCAGCAGGGUAUAUUGUCAACCAUCGAGCGCGCGUGCUCCUGUCUUUCCGUGGUUGCAUCAAUGAUCGUGAUUGCGACCUUUCUUAGCUCGCGCCAGUUUCGCAAACCGAUCAACCGUCUGAUCUUCUGGGCCACGUGGGGCAACCUCAUGUCAAAUGUGGCCACGCUGAUCGCCGAGUCCAGCGUACGGACCGGUUCGGCUGCUCUAUGCCAGUUCCAGGCAUUCGUGAUUCAGUGGUUCUUGCCAGCAGAUUCUUUAUGGGCUCUUGCCAUGGCCUUCAAUGUCUAUCUGGUCACCUUUAAAAAAUAUGACACUCGACGGCUCCGGCAGCUUGAGUGGAAGUAUGGGCUCUUUUGUUAUGGGCUCCCAUUCAUCCCGGCAUUCAUACUUCUAUUCAUUAAGUCUAAGAAGCGAGGGAAAGUCUAUGGUGAAUCAGUUAUCUGGUGCUGGAUUGCCAGCCCCUGGGACUUCCUGCAGGUUGCCACCUUCUAUGGGCCGGUUUGGUUCGUUAUUCUGUCUAUUUUCGCCAUCUAUAUCGGCGUUGGUUUGUCAAUGUACCAGCACCAGCGCGCGGUCCAGAAAAUAAUCACCCCGCCACUUGACCACGAAAGUCACACGCAGCUAUCGGGCGACAUGGAGCUCGGCGACAUAGCCCACACCAGUCCUCUUCCCGGAGGCUCCAGCCACCCGAUCGAGCAACCGAUGUUACUUCUCCCCUCCCCGCCACAUGCCUCUCCCGAGGCUGGAAUGGCUCCAAUCCGGCCAAGUCCAAUGCAGCGUAGUUCUGGCUUGAAUCAAACGAGCACGCUCCAGCCGCGUGAUGGCGGCUCUUACAACACUUCGAUAUCCGGGGCAUACAUGAGAUAUGCCCUUCUCUUUGCCUUUGCAUUGUUCGUGACCUGGGUCCCUCCGUCAGCUAACCGGGUCUAUGCGCUGACAAGACAUAACGAAUAUCUGUUUGGGCUGACUUGUGCCUCCAGUUUCUCUCUUCCUCUGCAAGGAUUCUGGAAUGCCAUGAUCUACAUUACCGUCUCAUGGCAAGCGGUGCGAGCCUUGCUCCGGGACUUUGGCAGAGGGCUUAGAAGCGCCUUCAAGCUCAAUACCAGCCGUCUCCGAGACGGGUAG